AUGGAUUCGUUAGACGGUGACGGUAAAGUGGUGAUCUUCAUAGGAAGAUGUAAAUGUUGUCUAAAUGAAGGAGACUUAAAAAAUUUGUGGACGCCGUAUAGGUUUGAAGAAGAAACCGAAAUUUAUGGAAUGAUGUUGACAGAAUGUUUUGCUCUAUCAUGGCAACAACCAGAGGACAACAUGAAAUAUAUGGAUAUGAUAUGCACCUCUUGCAUCUCUCGAUUACGUGAUGCACUUGCCUUCAAAAGAGAAGUUUUAGUGAGUGAAGAGGUGCUGCGUGAAAAACAAAAUGAAUUAUUUCAAUAUACUACAGUGAAAGUGGAGAAACAUGUAAAAGAGGAAGCAGAAGAAGAAGAAACUGAGUUUAAAGAAGUGGAAUACUUAGAGAUCACCGACAGUGUAAACAAAGAUGAAUUGUAUGAAGAACCUCUCUCAGAUGAACAAUGGCCGAGUUCAGAUAACUCUCUGCUGUUAGAACGUAAAAGAAAGUUGUCAAAAAAGCUCUCAAAGGAAGAGAGGAACAAAACAUGCAAGCGGUAUACUGCGGAGGAACUACAAAUGGCCAUUGAUGCAGUCCAGAACAAUGAAAUGUCGCAUGCAGAAGCGGCUGAGUGUUUUAAUGUGCCCAGGCGAACUAUCUCUGCUAAGAUCCACAGUAUUAUAGACAAAGAAGAGGAACAAUCGCAAAGUCCAGAAGGAAAUCGUAAAAGAAAAUGGCCGAAGAAACUACCAAAUAAAGAAAGAAACAAAACAUACAAGCAGUAUACCGAAAAGGCAAUGAGAAUGGCCAUUGAUGCUGUCCGGAAAAAAGGGAUGUCACGUAGCAAAGCAUCAGAGAUGUUUAAGGUGCCUAAGAAGACUCUAGAUGCUCGGCUUAGACUUCAGAAUACUACUGUCAAAAACGAGGAACCAGAUGAUGAUGAUGAUGCAUCUAAAAUAAUAGACCAAGAAAAACACUACAAACUCAUAGAGGAAAUUAAAUCAAUACUUACCUAUACAAAUGCUCUACCAUACAAAUCCAAAUUGACAAAGUACUACUGUGCAUACUGCUCUACCGAUGGACCAGCUUUUUAUGACCCCGAUGAUUUGAGGAUUCACACUAAAACGAAGCAUGUCGAUGAUCGGACCAAAGGCAUAGAUCUCCUAAUGAGACCACACUGGCAAAAUGAGGUGUUAAAAAUUGAUAUACAUAGUCUCCAUUGUACAGUUUGCUGUACAAUCCUGCCGACUUGGAACACCAUGUUCCGACAUCUGGAAGAUGUGCAUGAGGUUGUUCUAGACGAGGCCUACAACAGAGUUAUACCUUAUAUCCUCGCAAGGGAGCUGAAAUGUGCUUUAUGUGAAGAUGCCUUUCCGAAUUACCACACGUUGGAUGGACAUAUGAACGCCCAUUACAGCAGUUACAUUUGCUCCGAAUGCGGCGAUACUUUCUUAUCAGCGAGCCGACUUAAUAAACAUUUGAGAGUACACAAUACUGGGAGUUUCCCUUGCAAAGAAUGCGGUAAAGUGUACAGUUUGAAGAGGUACUUGACAAAGCACUUUGACAUGGUACAUGGACAGAAGGACCAAUACAAAUGCUUAUACUGUCCAGAAAGAUUCUCCAGAACGUUCCAGCGACAUCAGCAUGUACUCAAAAAACACAAAGAGAUGGUCAAGAUAAAGACUUGUGAGAUUUGUGGAAAGAUUUUCGACUGGAUGCCUUACUACUGGGCUCACAUGAGACGAAAGCAUGGGAAAGAGAGGAAUGCAAACAGUGUGACAAAAAAUUCCUCAUGA